AUGAAAACGGCGGGUCUGGUGCGCACAGGAGGCUCGCCGGCGAUUCUAAAGCUGGGCCCGUCGGUGGUGAUGAUGGUGAUGGCGAUGGAGGAAAGCGACACUGAUGGUGGUCUGAUCUAUGAGCGAUGGGUUCUGAUUCAAUUAAAAGCCCUUUCUCCCCACACCUCUUGCCGGAAGAUUACGGCCGUAGCCGUCGUGAAGGAGGCAGAGCUAUUCGUCAGGAGAGCCCGUCUCAGCGGAGGAGGCGGCAGCGGCGGUUUUGGAAGUCCCGACGAAGGGGAACAUCUGGCGGCUGGAAAUUUUCAUCUACAGUCGACGCUAUGGGAUGGUAAUUGA